AUGGAAGAGCAUCUGGUUCCUUUGAGUAUAAUUCCCAGAAGCUAUGUCCUUGCUUUGAUACCCUUAGUUAUCUACCUGCUCUACAAAUGGACACUGGUGACCGACAUCCCUCACAUCAAAGGUCUCCCGGAGAUUCCCGGUGCAGUCCCAAUCUUCGGCCAUCUCCUCAAGCUUGGUGACGAUCACGCCACCGUUUGUGAACGGUGGUGGAGGGAGUAUGGCCACUCUGUCUUCCAGAUCAAGCUCGGCAACACACGGGCUGUCGUCGUUAACUCCUUUGAUGACUGUCGAAAGAUGCUUCUUGGGCAUCAGAGUGCGGUGAUUGACCGACCAAAGCUCUAUACCUUUCACGGAGUGGUAAGCAGCACGCAGGGAUUCACCAUCGGCUCCUCGCCUUGGGAUGAUUCGUGCAAAAAGAAGCGUAAAGCGGCGGGAACAGCCUUGGGACGACCGGCUUUGCGUAACUACCAUCCCAUGUUCGAUUUGGAAAGUUACUGCAUUGUACGCGACGUUUAUCGCGACAGUUCAAAUGGUGCCAUCGAGCUGAAUAUCAGACCGUACAUUCAACGAUUCGCUUUGAACACGACCCUGACCCUCUGCUAUGGUAUUCGUAUGGAUGCCGUCUACGACGAUCUUUUGCGUGAAAUUCUCCACGUCGGAUCCGCAAUCUCCCUUCUCCGAAGUGCAUCGGAAAACCUGCAGGAUUACAUCCCGGCCCUACGCUACGUCCCAAAUAAUGAGAAGACAGCACGCUCAAAAGAGCUGCGAGAUCGUCGAGAUGCUUAUUUGAAUCUUUUGCUGGACAAAGUACGCGCAAUGAUCAAGAAAGGCACCGACAAGCCUUGCAUCUCUGCGGCAAUCCUCAAAGACGAAGAGACAAAGCUCACCGGAGUCGAAGUCUCUUCGAUUUGCCUGUCGCUAGUUUCUGGAGGUUUCGAGACCAUCCCGGGCACCUUGACUUCCACCAUCGGCUCGCUAUCUACCCCCGAAGGACAGAUCUGGCAAGACCGCGCUUAUGAAGACAUCAAGCGAUAUUACCCUGAUACCCGAGACGCAUGGACUAGCUCUAUCUACGAGGAGAAAAUUCCAUAUGUGAACGCAAUUAUCAAGGAAGCCGGACGUUACUAUACAGUUAGCGCCAUGAGCUUACCCCGAAAAACGGUCACAGAGGUCAACUGGAAUGGUGCAAUCAUCCCACCGGAAACGAUGAUGUUGAUCAAUGCGCAGGCGGGUAACCAUGAUGUGGACCAUUUUGGACCCGACGCAGGGAAAUUCGACCCCGAAAGGUGGCUGAAGUCGCUCGAUCCCCCUGUAGAAAGAGAAGGAAACGGACUCCUCCAUUUGAGCUUCGGUGCCGGAUCGCGCGCCUGCUCCGGCCAAUACAUCGCCGCCAGACUGUUAUACUCCGCCCUCAUUCGUCUGCUCACUUCCUAUAAGAUUGUGGCAAGCGAGGAAGAUCCCCCUAAUACUGACUAUGUCGACUACAACCAAUUCAAGACGGCGCUAGUUGCUAUUCCAAGAGACUUCAAGGUCAGAUUAAUUCCAAGGGACGAUGCAGUUACCAGCGACUGCUUGAAUGCGGCGGAACUUCGUACCAAGGAGCACUACAAGGAAUGA